AUGUCCUUCAAACUCAAGUCCAGCUUCUACCAAAGCAGUAACGACCCGUCCGAGGGGGACGACAAAAAUGGAGACGCCGUGGCGACCCCGGAAAAUAUAAGUAUGAGGAGAGUGCGGGUGGAACUAUACGACGAGGCGAUCGUGUAUAGCCAAAAUAAUACCUUCUAUAAAAUGUCCAACGUACAUAACUGCAACAAUAUGGAUUCGUACAUCGAUUAUGUUAAGAGGUCUAACUACACGAGGAGCUACGAGCAGGAGAUGAUUUAUAACGAAGCCCUGAGUCUGUAUAAUAAUCGAAACAUGUAUAUCAGGAAGAAGUACAAAAAUGAGUUUUACGUUAAUCUGAAAAGAAACUUGCGCCGGGCUCGGUUCUUCGGAGACGACAACGAUGAUCUGCAGAGGGGAGAAGAAGGCAGGGAGGAUGACGAAAGGGGAAUGCCCGAACCGAUGGACUACACAGAGGAGAGGAACCUAAACGAGUUCAUCUACCGUGAGAGGAAAAAGAAGAAAGCCAUACUGUUUAGGAAAAAGUAUAUGGAGAUAUUUUCCGAAGGGGGGUCCACCGCAAACAUAGCAAACGUAGCAAACGCUGCGGACACUGCAAACGCUGCGAACACUGCAAACGAUGCGAACACUCCAAACGCUGCGAACACUGAAAACGCUUCGAACACAGCGAACACUGCAGACACUGCAAACGAUGCAAAUGGGCCGAGGGACACACAGCAGAGGACGCAAAUGAUGUUGGCAGGAUUAACCCAUAACAGCUCUGAAACAGGUGGAGUAGUAAAAAAAAAUGAUAGUUUACUUUCCCAGAACGGAGAAGACGUUGGUCUUCCCCUGCCAUCUCCUGCAGAUAUGCCUUGUGAGGGAAAUCGACCAAAGGCAAACAUAUUGAGCGAUUUGCGUGACUUAAACAGCAUGAGUGAUUCAAGCGGAAUGUCACAAGAAGAGGAAACAAACUUCCUAGAGCAAUUAAUUAAAUUAAGAUACACCCCAGAGUAUGUAUCUCAGUUAAGUGAUUUGUUCGAAAAUCCAAGGACAUUGAAGAAAGCUAAUGUGAAGGUGUUGAAGUGGCUGGAUUAUCAGUUAAGUAAUGGGUAUUGGUUAGAAAGGCUCUCAUUAUUCCUUCUCGGAUUGACUAUCGCAAUUGGAGUAGGAAAUAUAGAAACAUUUUGGUCCUUGAUGUCUACAUGGCAUGGAGUUAUAUUUGUAGUGCCAUAUAUCAUCUGUUACUGCCUCGUUUGUCAUCCCAUCCUUACAUUCGAGUUGUACAUAGGGCAGUUGAUUCGGAUGUCCUCUCCCUUUAUCUUUUAUCGGCUCCUAAAGCAGUGUGCUUCUGUCGGAUUUUUGAUGGUCCUAACGUGUCUAAUUAAUGGGUAUAUCAAUACCUACCGGACCGCUGCAGAAUACUUCAUCUAUCUUAUUAAUUCCUUCAAACGGGAUCUUCCAUGGAAGCUAAACAAGAAGGAAAUAGAUUUCUGUACCAGUUUUAAGAAUGAUUUUAUCGAGUGUCACAAGUUCAGACCACUGUGCUUCUUCUCUAGAUCCAUCUCCUCCUGUGUCCCCAACAGCUUAGGAAAAGCCUUCCUAAUAUAUCAUAACAAAUUUUUCCCGCCCAACUUUUUUUACGAUCGAUUACUUCACAUUGAUGGUAGCGAGAACUUGGCUCAUAUCUUUUCCACUGGAACUUCCUACAUCGACAAGGACACCUUUAUCUUCCUUUUUGUCUGCAAUUUCUUUGUUACUAUUUUUCAGCUCCUCGGUUUGACAAACUUUGCCUUUUCCUCCGCUCUUGUUCUGCUCCUCAUCGGCUUCCUCUCCAUCACGCAGUUUGCCAGCAUGUUUAAUUUAACCAGCGCCACGCAGGCCUACUUCCACGUCCUCAAGUCCUGGAAGUUCUCUUACUUGUAUACCUACUCGUCUAUCUGGUCCCAGUGCGUAUCCUUCGCCCUCUACGAGCUGUCUAUCGGGAUGGGGAUCUACUCCUCCCUCGCGACGAAGACGAGAAUCGGAGCCAACUUGGCCUUCGACGGAUACGCAAUCACCACGUGGAAUUCCAUCAUCUCCUCCCUGAUGUUCUUCUCAGCAGUCUCCGUCAUAGGCUUCAUCGCGGACAGCAUCAACUCCAACUUCGUGGACAUGCUGGAGUUCUCGAGGAAGGAUUGCUCCUUCAUUCUGUUCCCCGUGGGGUUCACGCACCUGCAGAGGAUGGAGAAAACCCUGAGCAUGCUCUACUACGGGUCGUACACCAUCCUGUCAUGUGCCUCGCUAGCCAUACAGUGCGAAGUCCUAGUUAUGACAAUAAGGAACUUCAAAUUCUGCAAGAACGUUAAGAAGAGAACCAUCAUUUUAACUCUCUCCUUCUUCUUCUUCCUGUCUUCCUUCUUGAUCUCCAAUAAGGAUACUAAAAAUAUCCUCUGGUUUGUGUCUCUUACUAUAUCGGAAAAUGCGCGAGUCUUCGUCUCUCUGUUGAUAUGUAUCAUUUUGGGUUGGCUCUACAACAUCGAUUUUCAAUUUCGAAAUCUGACCAAGAGGAGCGUCCUCUCAUUCAAUUCGACCUACUGGAUAUUGAACCUCUCCAUCAGCGUUCUCUUUAACUACCUUCCCUACCACGUGUACGUCCUCUACAUUAUAAGGCUGGGUAUAUUCUCGGUGAGCACCCUCGUUGCCAUGUACGUGCUGAAGAAGGAAAUCAAAACGAAGCAGGGGUACAAGAAGAAACAUUUGAGUAAUCUUACUUACAAGGAAACCCUCUACAUCCUCUACAUCGGAAACAUCGAAGAAUUGCGGAUGGAGCUACAACGAAUCAUCAGCGGGAACGUAUUUAUGGGGAACAUCUCCAUGGGCUGGUCCAUCUGCAUCAAAUACAUCGGGACGUCCAUUUUGCUUUCUGCCUUUAUUGAAUUUGCAGACGGGAUGUUUUAUAGCAAAGAGUUGAAAGAGAAGAUGCAGCUCAUUCCCCAGGGAUGGGUCGUCUUCGCGAUUCUCUUCUGGGUUUUCACGCUGCUCCUGCUGGUCCUCUUUCCCCUGUGCAUCACGGUUUUCGAAAAGUGGUGCGCUCAGGAGGACUGCUUCGCGGACUUCGCCCUUCUCCCCUCGAAGCCCCUCAGGGAGAUCCACAACUUCAGCAUCCUCUCCUAUUUCUGCGAAUUUACGGGCGAGGGAAGGAAAAAGGGGAGGAGGCGCGCCGAGUAG